GAGGCUGCCCCCACCACCCUCCGUGCCCCCCAGGCGCCCGGCCCUGCAGCCCCAAGUACUUCGGCCGUGAUGCCAUGGUCUGCGUCUGCAAUGCCACCUACUGCGACACGCUGGACCCCCUGGUCCUGCCAGCCCACGGCUACUAUGUCAAAUACGAGAGCAGCAAGGCUGGCAAGCGGCUGGAGCGGAGCGAGGGGAAGUUCCUGCACAAACUCUGCGCCCCAGAUGUCCUCCUCAGGCUGGACACGACGCAGCGCUUCCAGAGGGUGAAGGGUUUUGGUGGCUCCAUCACCGACGCGGCCGCCAUCAACAUCUUAUCCCUGCCGGAGAGAGCCCAGGAUCACCUGCUGCGCUCCUACUUCUCCGAGGAGGGGCUGGAGUACAACCUCAUCCGGCUCCCCAUGGCCAGCUGUGACUUCUCCCUCCAUGCCUACACCUACGACGACGUCCCCUACGACUACGAGCUCACCCAUUUUGCCCUGCGGGACGAGGACACCAAGCUGAAGAUCCCCCUCCUUCACCGAGCCUCGGCCAUGAGCAAGCGGCCGCUGUCGCUGUACGCCAGCCCCUGGACCUCCCCCACAUGGCUGAAGACCAGCGAGUCCUACGUGGGGAAGGGGACACUGAAGGGGCAGGCAGGGGACAAGUACCACAAGACCUGGGCCAACUACUUUGUACGGUUCCUGGAUGAAUACGCCAAGCACAAUGUGACAUUCUGGGCAGUGACAGCAGAGAACGAGCCCACGGCCGGGCUGAUCAACAACUACCCCUUCCAGUGCCUGGGUUUCACAGCUGAGCAGCAGAGGGACUUCAUUGCUCGGGACCUGGGCCCAGCACUGGCCAACAGCUCCCACCGCCACGUCCAGCUCAUCAUCCUGGACGACAACCGGCUCCACCUCCCGCACUGGGCCAGAGUGGUCCUGGAGGAUGAGCAGGCAGCUCGCUAUGUCCAUGGCAUCGGCAUCCACUGGUACCUGGACUUCAUUGGCCCCAUACAGGACACAGUGCUGCCCACUCAUGAGCUCUUCCCUGACUACUUUAUCCUGGCCACGGAGGCGUGCAUCGGGGCCCAUUUCUGGGAGAGGGAUGUGAUUCUGGGCUGUUGGGAGCGGGGGAACCAGUACAGCCACAGCAUCCUGACGAAUCUGAACCACUUUGUGGCCGGCUGGACUGACUGGAACCUGGCCCUGGAUCUGGAGGGGGGCCCUAACUGGGUCAAGAACUAUGUGGACAGCCCCGUCAUCGUGGACAGCAGUGAAGGCAUCUUCUACAAACAGCCCAUGUUCUACCACAUGGGGCACUUCAGUAAAUUCAUCCCUGAGGGCUCCCAGCGCGUGGGGCUCGUCGCCUCCAGAGAGUCCAAGAAGACAGCGCUGGAGUACACGGCUUUCCUGCGCCCCGACGGGGCUGUGGUCGUGGUGGUUCUGAACCGGUCCCCGCAGGACAUCACCUUUGGGCUGGCAGACACCGUGGGCCUCCUGGCGGCCGUGGCUCCGGCCAACUCCAUCCAGACCUACGUGUGGCAGCGGCAGUGACGGGGCCGAGGCGCCGGGGGCCGGACGUGCAGCCCCAGCUGCCCGCGGGCUCGGGCCGGGGCAGCGUCCCCAGGGCUGUGACAGAGCCAGGAUGGGCCAGGCCGGCGACGCUGAGCGUGUGCAGGAGGGCCGGGGGCACGGUGCCCCUCAGGGUGGAGACCCCACAGGCCGUGAGCGCUGUGUUCUGCUGUUCCGACAUUAAACACGGAUGCUGCCUUGA